AAUGAUGUGACGCUGAACCCAAGCUUUGGGUAACACUCAUAAUCUCAGGUUCUUUGUUGAUCAACAAGCUGUCUAUCGCUCCCUGAUCAUUUCCUACAUCUCGUUCAUCAAUUCAUCCAUCAUGCCCAACUGGAGCUACGCUUUCGACCCCAAUCGAUAUGAUCCAUCUCACGACGCCUAUACAAUCUUGAAAGCCCCCUCCGAAUGCACGGAUCGUGAACUCAAGCUACAGUUUCGCAGAAGUGCCCUCGAGUGCCACCCGGACAAGAGCAACGCCCCAGAUGCAACUGCAAGGUUCCAAUAUCUCAACAACGCUUGGGAGAUGCUGAAGACUCAUCGUGCAAGCUACGAUAUCAGCCGCAAUGCCUACCUGCGAAUCCGUCGUCACCAAGAAGAAGAACUCCGUCGUCAACGAGAAGCAGAACAGAUUCGCCGUCAAUGGGAAGAGCAGCUGCGCCGUCAGCGGGAAGAGGAAGAGCGUCGUCAGCGGGAAGCGGAAGAGCGCCGUGAAAGAGAAGAACAGCUACGCCGUCAGUGGGAAGAGCGGCUACGUCGUCUACGAGAAGAACAGAUUCGCCGUCAGCGGGAAGAGGAAGAGCGCCGUCGUGGGGAUGAGUUGCGCCGUCAGCAAGAAGAAGAAAAAAUCCGCCGCGAGCAGGAAGAGAUACGCCGCGUUGAGCGUGAGAUGGAAGUGAUACGCCGCCGUCGGGAAGAGAUUCUCCGUUGGGAAGAGCUGCGCUGCCGUGAGCUGGAAGAGCAAGAACGGCAAAAGCAGCAAGCUAUGCGACCAAAUCCUACAGGUACGAACGAUUGCGACUAUGUACCGCCUCGACGAACCCAGCCCAGUCGAGAAGCCAAGUCUCGGAACUUCUCCUACACAUACGGGUGCAGCGAGAGCGAGAGUGAAAUUGACAAUGAUAGCGUCAUUGUCAGUGAUAGUGAUAUCGGUAGCAGUGAUAGCGAGAGCAAGAGUGGAUGCCACAGUGAUGUCAUUGACAGUGAUAGUGACAGCGAUGGCUAUGGAGAGUCUUAGGACCAUGGAGGUUGCAGCCCUGGAAUACAUUUACAUGUACCGAAUUGGUUAGAAAGCGUAACUUGCAAACUAGUACCAGAUCUUAUCAAUGU